AGUCGCUGCAACGCUUGUUGGCAUACGUCAUAACUAGUACAGGUUGAUCACGCUUCAACAUAAGAAAGUGCGUAUGUCAAAUAAUUCUUCAGUCAUUAUGUCAGUCGGGUGUGAUCUAAAUGAAAGAGCAUACCAACACACGGUGAGAGAAAUUUUGGAUUCUAGUAACUUAGGACUUUCUGCCGACAACAAGGAGAGUAUUUCCAGCAACGAUGAAGCACCUCCCACGCUCGAACAGAGGAUGAAUUCGCCCACUUCAUUUGCUCUUCAAGUUGAAAGAGACAAUAAGUAUGGAAGACAUGAAGAGAGGAAUGAAAAUCAGCAGAAACAUAUUUUCGUUGAAAAGGAACGGCCUUUAUCUUCGGACGGAUUGCCUUCGUCUCCCUCCGCCAGGCGUCGCCGUGCCCGCACCACCUUCACCGUGGAUCAGCUACGGGCACUGGAGGCGGUCUUCGAGCAGACUCACUACCCUGAUGUGGAAGCUAGAGAAAAACUAGCGGGUACCACUGGGUUGACAGAAGCUAAAGUACAGAUAUGGUUUCAAAACCGUCGUGCCAAAUGGAGAAAGUUUGAAAAACUUGGCAAUUUUGGAGGCCUUGGGGAUUUAAAGGAGGUCCAUUUUGUGCCCGCUCCAGACAAGGACCAAAUUCUUCCGAGAACCACGAAAUUAUGUCAUCGAAAGGGAGAAAAGAAUAAAACGUUGUCGAUUAACCACCCCUUGAUGUCGACAAGCACAAGUACGAGAGGCCCGACAUGCUGCCCAUUAGAGGACCCCUGGCUAAUGAAAGUGCGUGCCCAGAUUUGGCCUCAGCCUAGCAGUUCCUCCAGUCCCAAAGAGCCUCACCAAGACAGCCCCAGCCACGUCUUAGCCGGUGCUUGUUGCGACUCUAAUCGUUGUUUGACUGGCGAUAUGGACUCUGGCGACCUCGCCGGAGACAGAAAAACUACAAGCAUAGCUGCUUUAAGACUCAAAGCUAGAGAACAUGAGGCGGCAGUUGAGGUGCAGUUUCUUUAUCGAUGACUUUUGUUAUAUAUUUUGAGACUAUUUGUUUGUACGUUAAUCUACACUACAAGAAUUAACCAGUAUUGAUGAUAUUGAAAUAAAACCAGUAAGACUAAAAUAGUUAGUAACUGCUGCCUUGGCAUCCUCUUCUAAAGGUUUUAUCGUUAAAAUGUCCAAACUGGGAUGCCAUUUGUAAUAUAGGCCUAUAUAGUUUAUACUAUUGAUACAGUGACAUUUAAAAUAUUUUAUUUGCAUUGUUAAUGAACACAGCAUCCAUGUAAUAUUUAGAAAUACAAGUAUUUACAUGAAGCAUCUCAAGUCUAGAAUUAAAACGUGUUGGGAUGCAUUUCAAAAAUAUUGUAAAGAUUCUAUACACCUGUUCAAGAGUCCAAAAACCUGAUAUUCGUCAAAUACAAUGUAUGUCAUCAAAUAGAGGCAGGUAUUCGUCAUGAUUGAGCUUGAUUGCACUAAUGUCUUUAUCUUACAUAACAAAAAAUAUAUAUAUUGUAUAACAUAUCACAGAUCGGGAUAUAAUUAAUAUUUUGUCACGUAUACAGUAUACAGUAGCAGUUAAUACAAGAUUACCAGAUUGAGGCCAGCUGUUAAACAACAGAGCGUUUAUCAAAACAAAUUAGAGAAUCGAUAUGUCACAACUUAACAGAUCCUAGUCACGUUGAAUAAAAAACAAAAACUGCAUUCGGUGGGGCGUUUUGUCGACACUUGCAGAGAGCAAUAACGAAAAUAAUUGUUAAAAGCAGAGAAUUGUCUUCCUGUUUAUGUUUAACAAUGCACAAAUUGAUAAAGUCGCAGACGACAGAUGACCAAUAAGCAGCCUCAUCGACAAAGGGGUAAUAUGAAAAGGAAAACUUGUUUAAUAUUAAUUACCAUCUUCAAACAAGAGGAUACGCUAUUACAAAAGUAGACUCUAUAUAAUUCCAUCUAGUUAAUUCGAAUCGAAUUGUCAAAAUUUCCUCAUUCAAGGAAAUUUUAGAAAUCAUUUCAACAGGCAUCGUAUGUAAAUAAUAUUGUAUAAAAAUAAACUGGGAACAUGUUAAAUUGUCCUUGUUUAUAUUGUCUGAGAUUAUGCGCUAAUUAAAAUAGGAAUAUAUCUGGUUGUAUAAUUUGUAUAGUAGUAAUUGAG